AUGGAGGAGGCGGAGAAGGCUGGGGCCGGGCCCAGGCGGCGCCGCCGCCGCUCCAGCGGGCGCAGCAGCUCGGAACGAUCUCCGAGCCCCGGGCGCCUGGACGUGAGCUCGCCGCGCUUCGACCCGCUGCUCGCCCUCUACGCCGAGCGCACCCCAUUGCCGUACCCGGCCGCGCCCUGCUUCAACAACCUGGCCGAGUACGAGAGCUUCCAGCGUGGCCUAGUCCGCGCGCCGGGGCGCUCGCGAGGCCGCUCUGCCGGCACGCGCGCCCGCAGCAGGGCUGGCCGGGCUCCUGCGGACCCCGAGCGACUCCAGCGCCUCCGCAGCCUCAUGGUGGCCAAGGACCCCGGGCCAGAAGCAGCCGAGAGGGCCAGGGCGCGGGCCAGACGGGCUCCGCGCAACGUGCUCACCAGGAUGCCCCUUCAUGAAGGCAGUCCACUUGGGGAACUUCACCGCUGCGUCCGUGAUGGUGUGAAAGUCAAUGUCCAUAUCCGAACUUUCAAAGGACUUCGUGGAGUGUGUACUGGUUUCUUGGUUGCAUUUGACAAGUUCUGGAACAUGGCCCUGACAGACGUAGAUGAGACAUACCGAAAACCUGUAUUGGGCAAAGCUUUCUAUGUUGAGCCACAGUUGACUCUCACUAGGCUAUUUGACAGACUCAAGCUGCAAGAAUCUUUGGUUAAAAAAGGGAAUGAUUCAAGGAUGACAGCAGACCUGACAGACCUCCAAGACACUCCUAAGACACAUGGGUGGAAGUCGGAGUCAGGCUGGGGAAGAUCCGAGGAAGAACAUGGAACAAAAAAGCACUCUAGUAGAGAGAGGACACGGAGCUCUAGCUUGCCUCGAACCUCUAAGAAGGAGGCUGACCUUCCUGGAAGAAUCUCCCAAACGGAGGGGAAGAGUGCAGCUGGCACAAGAAGUCGAUCAAGGAAAAAGCAAAGGCCCAAAGUGGAUUAUCAGCAAGUUUUCACACGGCAUAUAAACCAGAUUUUUAUUCGUGGGGAGAACGUCUUGCUUGUUCACCUAGCACAUUGAUCUGAUAGACUGACCUUGAUCAAGAAGCAGAGUGAACAGCAAUGACAACUGCGUGUUGAAUUGCGCAUCAUUUUGAAACAAUGUGGUAUAAAUUCUUUCCCCCUUCCUUUGAUCAGAAGGGAGAAAUGGUAAUGGACUUUGGAGGCAGGUACAGCUUGAGCCAGUUGCCAGCCUUGAUGGACUAGAUCUUGGCCCAAGGACGUUUCUGUCUUCAAUGAAAUAGAUGUCUUACAGCUUGAAGGACUCAUGUCCUGUGGACUAUUCAACAUUGUGAGCUUGGAUAUAGGACAAUUAUCACUAUAGAUUUAAGGCCUCACAAACUGGCCACAAAAGAACUAGGGAUUUUGGUGACUUAAUGUGGAAUGCUAGUAAUUUAAAAUCAUGGCAAAGCAUGUUUUUAAAAAUGAUAAGGGGAUUAAGAGCUUGUGGAAUGGAGGAAUGUCUUUAGCAGCUCUAGAAUGGAUGCUUGGUAUAAUUCAGCAUGACACUUCUUAUUCUUGCUUGGACCUCAGCCCUCCUAUCAGUGUGCAAGGCAAGACAAAAAGAGGUACUCCAGAAGUGAGCUGCAGUGCCCUCUGGUGUCUUGAACAAAAAGUGAAUGGAAAUGCAAGUAGGAGGUAGAAUAAAAGGCAGUAUUUGGCCUUUUCUUCCGUAUCGAUAAAGCCUGUGGACUUAGCCCAUCUUUCUUUUUCCCUGGCCACCAGCAGAUGGUGAAUGUAGCUCAAUACGUAGCUUUUCUGCUUGGGAACUUGUCUUGAUGUAUGUUGAAACAACCCAGAAUUUGCCAUCCAGUCUCUGACAGUUUUUUCAUAUAUUUGUGCGGUAUAGCAGUAAAGACUAAGAUGAUGUAUAUGCACUGCUUAAAUAAGAAAAGAUCAUGUUCGUGUUUGUCAUAGUCUUACAUGAUCUAAGUGACUUUGAGAUGCAGAUUUCCCAGCAUCUGAUGGUAACAGCGGAGAAUGGUUUGUUUAUGAAAUUUCUGAGGAUUUUCCUGACUGUUUCUACAUCCUAAGUGACACUUCUGUAAUGCUAAUUGGAUUGUUCCUGCAAAGCAUGUUUAAGGCUAUUUAUAACGCGUGCAUGAUGAUUAUUUAGAAAAUCAGUGCUAUUAAUGAUUUCUCCCUUAUCAUUCAGUAGUCCUCAGAAGAAUUGUGCAAGAUAUUACAACAACGCAUAUGUAUAACAUGACUGCCAAGAGAAAUUUUACGGUGCUAUAUAACAGUGCCCUUUUUUUACAAGGAGUGUGUGUGUGUGUGUGUGGCACUCCAGUUUCUGGAUAUUACUCCGGUUGCGUGUCUGAGAAUGCAGUGAAUAUUCACUAACCCUGAAUUGUAUUGGGAGGCAUUCUUAAAGUCUCCACAGAAAAGGGGGGCUUCUCUAAAGACACAAGCAAUAGGUUGCCUUUUUAUAUAUGUGCAUUUCUAGAAUAACCAAGAAUCUUGUCGUGAAUGAGGUUGCAUUGGAUGUAGCUCAGUUCAUUUUUUUCCAGGCUAAAUAUAUCUAUCUAUAUCUAGACGGACGGACAGACAGACAGACAUAUUUAAGGUCUGAGUGCAAAGCCUUUGCACCACUUCUCUGCCCCAUUCAAGGGUGGCAAAAUGGUGGUGGGGAGUUACCUAAUCUUGGUGGGGUUACCUUGCUACUUUUUUCCAUCCAGUCUCAAAGAAUAUGUUCCUCUGAGACAUUCUUGACUUCUGCUCUGUAGCUCUUUUCUUCUCACAGUAGAGAUAAUGACUCAGUGCUCCAGGAGCAUUUCUUAAGCAUAAAAUGCUCACUUAGAUCCCACUUCAUUUUAAAUAAUUGUUUUCACUUUUCCAUCUUCAGAAGGGUAGAUCCCAUGUCUGUAUUCUGGAGCUUUUCACUGUUUUUGCAUACUAGUUCAGAAUAUGAGGGUUCCCCAAACACAGUUUAUUUCAUGCCCAUGUGAUUUUCUUUCAGCGAUCAGUUUCCCACUCCAGGCGAAAUGCAUUCCUUCUUACUGCCUUCCUGUGUUUUUUAAUUCUAAAGCUGAAUGUGCAGUUUGUUGACUGGAGUCACUUUCUUUGCUUCAGUCACAGCUCUUUGCUGAGAAGGCGGUUUUUACUGAUUUUUGACAUCUUAGCCAAUGUUUUGCUAUACUUUGUUCAGCAAAAGCCCGCUUCUUUCAGUUUACUACCUCAAGCUAACGCUCACUGCUGCUGCUUUUGUUUUUUGGAAACCUUUCCAAUCGUUAUUUGAAUGCAUGAGCUUUACUAGAGGCAUCAAGUUCCCCAGCUAGCAAAAGCUGUUCAUUAAUUUCAGCAGAAUGAAAUGGCCAUUUAUACAGAGGCAUGUGUGUGGGUGGGGCGAUUUUGUGCAUCUUGGUCUUCAUAGAUAGUUGCAAUGGUCAAUUCUUUUGCUUUAAAACCCAACCCUGCCUUACACUUCUCUUUAAAUUGCCUCUAACCCAGUUAUUGAUUUUCUCAGCAUACUCUGGAUCUGAUCUCUCUUUCCUCUUCUGCUCUGUGUGCUUCUCUUCAUGAAGUUUCUAAGAUACCAUAAUUACAUAACAUUUUAGAUGAUUAAAUAUUGCUAAAUGCCAUUAGUAGGUCUGUUGAUAUAAUUAAUUAGCAUUUAUCUCAUAUCACCAACCUUGUUUCCAACUUUGAAUUCUUAUAAAUACCUUGUGAAUUUUUCUUCUAUUGUUACUUGAAACCUCUAGAUCAAAGGUGCUAAGUUCAAAGUGUUUUUGAAGUGUCGUUUUGCAUUUGGAAUUUGUCUUGUAUAAGAAGUACUUGGAUACAUAUGUACAAUUCCCUCUCCUACACCAAUCUCUGCAACUAAACUCAGGACAUUUUUGCAUGAAAACUAUGUAUUCUUUAUGUAAUUCCCUGUCUUGCUGCCUGUUCUCCAAAGUUGCAAAGUGUAGCUUCAAAGCAUAGGGGUAAAAUAACUCCCAAAGUAUAAUAACCUCAGAAGCCUGUUCAAGGUGUUUGGAAAGCACCUGAGCAUGUGAGUGGGAGAAGGAGCAUGCCAUAAAGAUCUUAGCCUUGAUUUUGGCAUAAGUCCUUUUCCAAAUAUUCCAUACCUGAAUAUUCCUGAGGUAAUAACAGACAAAUGCUUAUAUUGUUAAGUGUUACUCUUCCAGGUUUAUCUCUCAGUUAAUCUUUAGCCAGGUUGAUAUUUAUGGAUUCAUCCUUCAUCCAGCUGUUAAAAGUAUUAAAUAGCUAAAUGUGACAUAGUAAAACAGAAAAGGCUUGUGAUGUGGCAUGGAAUGGAAUGCAAAAUGGCUGCCUCCUUGUUCUCUUGCUCUUUACUUUGCUCUAUGUGGAAAAGAACUUGUGAAGGAAAUGUGAAAUGUCAAGUUGUCUGUCAGCUCAAGUUUUCAGCAGUACUACAGCUUCCAGAUGGAAGCUGCUAAAAAGUGAUUCUGCAGGGCAAUGUUUCAUUUGACAGGUUUGACAUUUGGAAACUUUUUCACAGAGCAGAUGCGAAGGGUAACUGCAUUAUUUUCAGGUUAUAUGAGGAUCUUAAAAUGAAGACUUUUCAUGUUGAAGACCUGCUGUUACUUUUAAGCAAUUUCGUAUGUACUGUAAUGUUGCUGAUCUUCCUGCUAUUAUAUGGGGAUGUAAUUCCUAGCUCAAUGGUAGCGCAAAAGUGCAUGUUUACACUAGUGUCCAUAAGAAUAUAUGUCAACAAUUCAUUGUUCAUACCAUGCAGCUCACACAGCACACUCUGGAAGUGGUUGAAGCAGAUUUUGAUUCUGUUUCCCAAGAUUGUAAGGCGAAUCUCACUGGGGGGAUUCAACAGAAUCAAAUUUCAAUUCAACCUUGGUGGAAGCUCUUCCUCCAAAGGCCGUGGAGGCAGAGGCUCGCUUUCAUGGAGAAGUGAUGUGAAUAACUUGUUUUCUGAUGUAUACAAAUCUUCUGCUCUUAGCUGACAGGUAGAAACUUGCCAGGAAAGGAAAAAUGGCUAAUGAUGCUUCUGGAUACUUUUAUUCACCACUCAACAUGGAGUAGGCUAACUUAGCUGAGGGAAAAUUAGUACACCUGAGACUCUGUCAGUGUUGUAUUCUUUCAGAGUGAAAAGUAGCUUGAUCAGGCUGUGUAAAAACAUAUCUACUCUGUUUCUUCCCCAUUCUCAAAAGAUUGGCAUUCUCCCUCAGGAAAAAAAGAACAUGAAAGCUGCUCCAGGCUCCUUUAGUAAUUGUGUUUGAUGUUUACUGCUUCAGAGCAAAGUGCAGCUGAAUCUUUGUAUCUUAUCCUUGAUAGAUCAAUUUUUAAGUCGACAAAUGGAAAAUGCUCACCCAGCAUUGUUAGAUAUUUUUCUAGCUAGCUGCACUGCUGGUGUUGCUUGCAUGCCCAGUGUAAUUGUAUAGACUAAGCCUCAGUGUCUAAGGCAGGUGAAUGAUCUGCACUGCAGGUUUGAACUGGUUUUAGGAGGGUGGUUUUCCCUGAUUAAUGUUCGGAACUGUUGUUUUGUGACUGAAGUCACAUUGAACUACGGUUCCCAACUUUCCUUGCUUGGGAGCCUUGACAGGGUCAAAACUGGCUUAGAUUUGUAGUGCAGGUUAUAGCCAUUGGGUAUGAUUCCUUCAUGCCUUUGUUUGCUGUGUUCCUUUUUUUCUGUCUGAGUUCCUCUUUGUAAAAUGCUCCAUUACCUUUUUAGGCUUCCAUCUUGACACUUUGGAGAGGUAACAGGAAUCACUAACUUAAUUCUGUGAGCAAUGCAAAACUCGGAGUUCGCUGCAAGUGCAUGUCUUACCCGUUAGACUACUUGGGAAUAGAAAGAAUGUGCAAGUUGCUUCCAAAUCUGUCUUCCUGAGUAUUUUAUUACUAAGAAGGAAUUGCUGCUAUGAACCUAUCAAUGAAUGUAUAACUCGUUUUUGAUUUUCUGUUUUGCUUGAUGGAUGUAAAUAUCUGUAUACAAAGGGGUUCAACCUCUAAGGCAAUAAAGAUGUUCAUAGGUUG